UCUUAACGCUUGCUACCGCGGCGAGUCGGCAACAGCUAGCACACACUUGGUCUCGGCGAGUGACAGAGAGAAGCACAGCAGAGACGAAGGAGAGGUAAUCGAGGUAGCAACCAGCUGCAAGCUAGCAGGUAGCUUUGGAUCGGCGCCGAGAUGAGCACGGGCGCGCGGCCGGGGCGGCGGUUCACGGUGGGGCGGAGCGAGGACGCGACGCACCCGGACACCAUCCGCGCCGCCAUCUCCGAGUUCCUCGCCACCGCCAUCUUCGUCUUCGCCGCCGAGGGCUCCGUCCUCUCCCUCGGGAAGAUGUACCACGACAUGAGCACGGCGGGCGGGUUGGUGGCGGUGGCGCUGGCGCACGCGCUGGCCCUGUCGGUGGCCGUGGCCGUGGCCGUCAACAUCUCGGGCGGGCACGUGAACCCUGCCAUCACCUUCGGCGCGCUCAUCGGCGGCCGCAUCUCCCUCGUCCGGGCCGUCUUCUACUGGGUGGCGCAGCUGCUGGGCGCCAUCGCCGCGUCGCUGCUCCUGAGGCUGGCCACGGGCGGGAUGCGCCCGCCGGGGUUCGCGCUGGCGUCGGGGGUCGGCGACUGGCACGCCGUGCUACUCGAGGCCGCCAUGACGUUCGGCCUCAUGUACGCCUACUACGCCACCGUAAUCGACCCGAAGCGGGGCAGCGUGGGGACCAUCGGGCCGCUCGCCGUGGGGUUCCUGCUGGGGGCCAACGUGCUGGCGGGCGGGCCGUUCGACGGCGCCGGGAUGAACCCGGCGAGGGUGUUCGGGCCGGCCCUCGUCGGGUGGCGGUGGAGGCACCACUGGGUGUACUGGCUGGGGCCCUUCCUCGGCGCUGGGGUCGCCGGGCUCGUGUACGAGUACCUCGUCAUCCCGUCCGCCGACGCCGCCGCGCCGCACGCGCACCAGCCGCUCGCGCCGGAGGACUACUAGCUAGCCGCCGGCCGCCGCGGUGGCGUCUCCUUCCUUAGUCCGAUCGGGUCUUGUGUUUGUUGUGCAUGUGUCGGGACAGUGUGUGCGUGUGUGUUUGCAUUAUAUUUUGUGUGUCGUGUGAACCAGUUAAUAAGGGGCCCGUACGCUACGUACCCUGUUGAUUGCCCCCGUGUUUGGAGACGGUGAAUCAGGCGGUGUACAUUGCACGGUGUGAGUAGCAAGCGUGUAAUAAAAUCCGAGGUAAAAGGAGCAA